AUGCCGUCAAGGCGAGACAGCCUCUUUCCUCCAGGGUCCAUUGGACAUAGUUCUCCGGUCCCUCGCACAGCUUCUUUUGAGACCCUUUCCACACAUCCACUACUUUCACCACCACCGCCUAGUUCGCCAGCACCUAUCAUUGCGGAUGUCACGCAUGCCGGAGCGCCACGUUAUGUUCCAUACACACCCAGACAGAGAGUCGCUCCCGCGUCUGCUACCACUGGCACUACCCUGCAUCCGAGUAUUGGCACCUCACAACAGCAGAAUGCUUUCCAUGGAGAUGCAACCAGCAAGCUCCAGGUUAUGAACCUCAAAGCGGCAGCUCAACGCAUAGGUCUCGAUGCUGCUAGUACUGGGUGGGCCAUUCUCGAGAAGUUGAGUACUGAGACAGAUCACGGGGCAGAGUGGAAUGAUAUAUGGAGCGUUCUGUCGAGCAACAAAGCGACACUCUUUCUGCCCAUUGAGCCGCAUCAUGCAAAUGAUGCUAUCACUCCAGAGUUCAUCAAAGAUCAUAUCGCGCUAUGCGAUAGUUCUACAAGAAGUAGCUCUCAAGUUGUUACACUUUCAGGACUGCGCGGAACACUUACUGACACUGCGCUGAUAAUCCGUUCAACCAUCCCUCCUUCCUCAACUCGAUUUCAGACCUUACUCCCAUCAACGACACCCUUAUCCGCAUUUUCUGCAUUACCCCCUCUUCCCAAUACACUUAUACAGCAACCGACACCGGCUCCUCCCUCACCAACAUCGUCGUCAUCAUCGUCUCUCCCAUUAUCUCUUCCUCAAUAUCCCACCUACGCCGUGCUAUCGCACGGACCAGCACUUCCUCUCCCUCCGAGGCCUUCUGUAUCCAAACCCCCACUUCCACCACGCCCUGGAUCUCGUGUAGCGUCUGGGUCGUCACACUCUGCUUCGCGUCUUUCGAAUCCCUUCGCUUCCUUCUUUGGCCGUAGUACACCUCCCGCAAGCCCCUCAAAUCCGCCGGCAUCCCUACAUCCGGAGGGCAAUGUCUCGUCAUCGAACACAGCAUCUACGGCGCCUCUGCCAAUCGCGCCCAGCAUCUCGACAUCACCUCAAACGGGCGGAUCUUCUGCUCUAGGAACGGACCGAGCAAGCGCGGAACACGUAACAGACAUUCCAGCAUACACUCUGGCGACCUGCAUCGAUCGCACAGCGCUUGGCCGGUCACUCUCAGAUGCGAUCAUUGGGGAGAUGCGCGCUGCAUUAUGGGAAGCUGGUGUGCCGUCGUGGGCUGUGGAGCGCGUAGAACGCUUUGCAAAACCAUUGUUCCCUCUCACUCAUGGCCCUGCUGGGAGUCUAGACAGAGUCGCAAGUGCAGGAAAGGCUGGAGAGGGCGCAGACUCAAGUGGAGCAAGCAAAAUUAUGAAUGGUAAGGUCAACAGGAAGGGUGACGUCGAGUGGUCGAUCAGCAUUGGUUUGCCGGAGGAGCGCGCUGAAAGCAUAACGGAGAAGUUUCAGGAAUUCUAUGCAGACAUGGAGGAGACCGUCUGGGAGCGUCUGUCUAAAGACGAACGGAAGCGCCGCAAGAAUUUUGUGCAGGGCAUCCACUUCGGGAAGAAGAAUAGGAGCUCAGAGAAUGCCACUAGUAUCCGCAGUGAUAGCGACAGCGGUGGUGAGACGGAGGACCCCGUUGAUGAGAAAGAUGAGGAGAGCGAAGAAGAUAAGGAACAUCGAAGAGAGACACGGGUGCGAGAGAUCAUGGACGCAGUUGAGCGCGUACUAUGUACCUUGUUCUAUGACAGGCUGUUUCUUCUGGCAAGCUCGGAUGACGCUUCUCACGACGAAGCUUUGUCCAGCCGUAUAGCCGCAGUUAAUCUGCUCGACCUUGGGUUGUCGCAUCUGGGUGUUGAUGUGGGUGGCUCAAGUAAGGAGGUCGAGGCUGUGGUAAUGGAAUGUGGUCAAAUCCUCGCUCAGCUCGAUACUAUACACCGUACCCCUGCAGACAAAGCGGCGCUGCUCGUUUCGGUCCAUAAGAUCAUUGUUGAUGGUUUAUCGAAGCUGCCCCCUAUUGGGCUUAGAUCUGAGGACGAGAUGUUGGAUGAGAAAACUCCUCGUGCAUCCACAUUCGGUCACAAUAUCACAGAGGAUGAAGAGGAUGAGGAUGACCGCCGCGAUCACGAUACCACGAUGAAAGAGGAGCCUAGCUUGCAGGUUCAGGUCUCUGUUCCGCCAUCCGAGACCAUUCCUUCAUCUCCAACGAUCGUCCUAUCUCCGGAGGAAAGCACUGCACAGAAGCUAUUGCAUGAACCUUCUGCAUCUCCGCCAGAUACCGGCCGCACGCGACUGUCGCCAAAUGAUUCAUCGCCACAAAAACCUAUGUCUUCACGCAGUCGAUCCUCAUCACGAGCACCUUCCCCUCAUGCCACGCCCCCAACGCCCGUCUCAGGGGAUGUGAUCCUUCCACUCAUGAUCUUCGCCGUCGUCAAGGCGAACCCGCCGCGACUUGUUUCAAACCUCCUGUACAUACAGCGCUUCCGCAGAGAGAGCGCUGGAGGAGGCGAGGAAGGCUACUGUCUGAUCAACCUGAUGGCCGUGGCUGAGUUUCUGGAAAACGUGGAUCUGGCUGCGCUUGGGCUAGGGGAGAGCGAAAAGUCAGUCCUAAGCGCGGCACAGCUGAGUCCGAUUCCGCUCGCUCGCUCGGUGCGCAUACCCGGUUCCGAACCUACAUCGCCUCAAGUCACGCAAGCCAGCCUCCGCGGUCGCGUAGAACAGCAAGUAGAUGCUAUUGCGGGCUCUGCAAACAAGGUCAUUUCGGGGGUCGUAGACACCUCGUUUGGUGUCCUCCGUUCCCUCCUUCCAGGCCAAAGUCAAGUACAAGGUACCCCCGCCAAUGCCACUGAGAGCGAAGAGCCUUCCCGACCAGGGUUCGGUAUCCUACGGCGGGAUACUGGGUUCUCGAUAGCCAGUCUCGCGGCGUCUCUGCCGGGGAACCGUGCGCGGUCGACGACCGCCAACGAAGAAUCAGGGCAGCAGAUGGUGGAGGUUCCGUCGAGACCCGGGUCGAGCCGCUCUAUGCGCGGCGCAGACGGAGACGCACCUGCUUCGGAAGACGAGUCCGCCGACGACAGCGCGAACGAGGAGGAGGAGGGAGAGGAAGAAGAGGACUACGAGCACGACACGCGGAGCAUCCGCAGCUUCGAGAGCAUGAUGAGCAGCAGGGCGACACGCAAGGGCAAGCGACGGCCGGCCAGCGGGCGCAUGAGCCUCACGGACCGCCUGGCGAACAUGCCCGGCCUGUCGCGGCUGUCGCAGAACCAGUCCCACGACGGCGCAAAGGUGAGGCAGACACGCCCUGCUGCGCCCCGCUGCGUCCGCGCUGACCCUGCUCCCCCUGACCUGCAGCAGGGCCCCGGCUCGCCCUCGUCGCGCCGCUCGUCGCUGCUGCUGCCCGCGGGGCCCGCCGCGCCGCGCUUCGACUCGCCGGCGUCGUCGAGGGCCGCGUCGCCGAUCGCGAUCCGCAUCUCGCCCCCGAACCCGCGCUUCCUCGCGUGCACGGAGGACGACAUCCGGGUGUCCGAGGUCGGCGAGCUCCUGCGCGAGUACAAGCGGCUCGUGGAGGCGGUCCGCGCCAUGGGCGGCUUCCAUGAGGACUGA